CCGGGGAGCGAGUCCACAGAUGUGCAUGGGGAGGUCCCUGGUCGGCCUCAUCUAUUGUAGCUGCUACCUGGCGUGCUACAUCACGAACAAGUAUGUCCUGUCUGUCUUGAAAUUUACCUACCCUACAUUAUUCCAAGGGUGGCAGACGUUCGUCGGUGGACUGCUGCUGCAUGUGUCAUGGAAGCUAGGCUGGGUGGAGAUCAGCAGCGGCUCCAGGUCUCCUGUUCUGACAUGGCUUCCUGCUUCGCUGCUGUUUGUGGGUGUCAUCUACGCUGGGUCCAGAGCCUUGUCCAGACUGGCCAUUCCUGUGUUUCUCACUUUGCACAAUGUAGCUGAAGUGAUCAUCUGUGGGUGCCAGAAGUGUUUCUGGAAAGAGAAAACAUCUCUUGCAAAGCUUUGCAGUGCCUUCUUCCUCCUGGCCGCCGCGGGGUGCCUUCCCUUCAGUGACACCAAGUUCGAUCCCGAUGGAUAUUUUUGGGCCGCCAUUCACUUCCUCUGCGUCGGGGCCUAUGAAAUAGUGCGAACAUCCCGGAAACCCAGCACCAUAAGUGACAUUGACCAACAGUACUUAAACUAUAUAUUCAGUGUGGUGCUGCUGGCCUUUGCGUCCCACCCGACAGGUGAUCUCUUCAGCGUCCUGGGUUUCCCAUUCCUCUCAUUCUACCGGUUCCAUGGCAGCUGCUGUGCCAGUGGAGUUUUAGGAUUCUUCCUCAUGUUAAGUACCGCGAAGCUAAGAAGCCUUGUGGCCCCUGCACAGUAUGCAGCCUGGAGAUUCCUUGCUAAGGUGCUCACAGCUGCUCUGUCCGUGUUGCUGUUUGAUAUGACCCUGACCAGUGCAACCGUGGGGUGCCUCCUGCUCACAGCACUUGGAGAGGCCCUGCUGAUUUUCUCCGAGAAGAAGAGCUGCUAGAGAGGACAAACAGCCAUGCCAGCAGGAGCCCAUGUGCCUGGGCCCUGGAGCCCCCUGCUG